GCGAGGGGACUGUCAAAUCGAGUGAUGGGAUGGGCGGCGGUGCAAGAAUGAAGCUGCAUUUCUUGUCAACGUCUUGAUCUGGUUAUCAGGACGAGUCCUGAUCCGAUCAUCAAUUCAACCUCAGCACUGCACGUGGUUUACAUGGGAAUCCGUUCGCUUCUUCUCGUCCGCCAGAGCCCUAGGCUUGUCAUCCUCCGGAAUGUGUACAUAGGUGUGUUGUAAUUACACACGAGAAUGCAAAAUCUUCGUUGCAGGUGUAGACUUGAAAUAAAUGAAUGCCGGUCCAUCGAUCACAGCAAGUAAUGCGCUCUGAUGGGUCUCGAUUCUCGAACCGUUUUGUAAUAUCAGACAAUGUACCUUGCAUGUCCUGAGGAAAUUUCUACUCACUCCCGUCACGAGCUGACAGCAGACCCACGGCAAAAGAUUUCACCGAAUACGCCAUCCGAAUAACCCCUUCACCAGCACAGGAAUCGUGCGACAUUGCGCGCUGAUUCCCAUCGGCCAGGCACAGCGCGAGGUUCAACUCGGUGUCUCAGGGGACCGAAUGUCUGUUACAUAAGCGACGCUCGAUGGGAGAGUGUAUUGAUAUUGAGUGCGUUGGCGGACAGCUGGUAUUAUUCGGGUGGCGCGGACGACUGCUUGCUCGUUCCUGCCCCCAGCGUCGAUUGAGACUCGCCUAGAGCAGCCCGACAAACGGAUCGCUUGGAGCGGACGUGGAUGCGGAUGCGGAGGAUAUGCUUAGCGAGUCGCCCGCCAUCGGAGACGAUAUAAGAAUAAGAAGGAAGUGUCCUCCUCAACCUCAUUCCAAAGACUCAGCUCUACCGCAACACUCCUUCCAUACUUUCCAAUCGGUGUCAGGCUCUCCAAACACACAAAGAUGUUCCAAGCUAACCUCCAAACCAACACUCCUUCACCCUUUAUUCCUGAUAGCACACCCAAAGUCUGUGCGAUGGCGGUCACGGAUGCCCAGAAGGCUCCCUCCGUCACCGUCAGCAACGAGGCGAUUGUCGGUGCCGUGGGCGGUGUGCCCGGCAUCACCGGUGCCGAAGCCGUUGUCGGCAAGCUUGACCAGCUCUGGGACAGCGGAGCCACCAUCACCUACUCCUAUCUCAACGGCACGCCCGCGCAACAAGCCAAAGUCGACGCGGCCAUCCUCGAGUGGUUCCCGUACGCGAAUAUCACCUUCCAGCGCGCGCUCGCCGGUAUCCUGCGCAUCUCAUUCAACGGCCAGCAAGGUUCCUGGAGCUAUGUCGGCUUGGAAGCCCUCGAGGUUCCCAAGAACCAGCCCACGCUCAACCUCGGAUGGGUUUCCGAUUCGGCGCAGGCGACUCAGGAAGAGCGCGGCCUGAUCCUGCACGAGUUCGGGCACGUCCUCGGCUUGAUGCACGAACAUCAAAGCCCAGCACACGGCGGCGCAGUCACUCUCGACGCCAACGCAGUGCACGCCCACUUCGCCAGCAGCCUCGGAUGGAGCGCCGACACGACCAAGAAGCAGGUCGUCGACCACUACAGCACCACGAGCGUGUCCAACUUCCCCGCGGUCGACCCGAGCUCGAUCAUGGCGUACUUCCUGCCCCCUGCGCUCAACGAGCAGCGCGUGCAGAUCCCCGCGAACGUGAGUCUGUCGGAGUCCGACAAGGCGUACAUGGUUCUCGCGUACCCGCGCCCGAAGCCCCACGCGCUGGCGCCGAACUGGACGCUCGAACGCGCGCUGCAGGUGUUCGGCGCGGAUCCCGAGACGGUCAACGGGAUCCUGUCGGCGCGCGGGGGCGUGCUGAAGAUCCGGGCGCUGUUCCUGUCGUUCCUCGUGCAGAAGCGCACGGGGCUCGAGACGCACAUCAGCGCGGAUGGAUUCGACAGCGAUGAGGAGGAGGAUGCAGGGACGAUGGAGUUCGUCCGCAAAGAGGUUGACUUGGCUCCGACGGAGGUGGAGGUGGUGCGACCCGUAGAGAUCGUCGCCCCAGCGCCGGUCGUUCCGCCUAUCCACGACUUUUAUCUCCAAAAUGGGCCGGCAAACGUCGUUCCUGUCGUGCCUCUCUCAGCCAGCCCACCAGGUCGGUCGUUGACGGAGGCGUUCUACGCCAAGCAAGCGGUUGUCCCAGUGCCGGAGCCGGUCGUGAUCGCGCCUCAGCCCCCUGUGGUCAUUCCAGCAAUUGUCGCGGAGGAGCCGGUGGUCGUGCCCAUUCCUGAGCCCAUCGCGGUACAGCCCAUCGUCGUCCCGGAGCCCGCUCCAAUCGUCGUCGUUGCACCUCAACCCGAACCAGAACCCAUUCCCGUCAUCGUGCCUCAAGUCGAGGUUCCCAUCGUGGUUCCAGUGCCUGAGAUCCCACCCGUCAUCUCAGAGCCAGUUUCACCCGUGUUCGAGCCGGUCAUCGUCCCAGUAGCUGAAGUCGCCGUCGUCGCGCCAGUGGUACGGACCAAGAAAAUCUUCAUCAAGAACGUCCCUCGGCCUGUCGUGCCGGUUGUUGCCGAAGUCCUUCCCGAACCGGUUGUAGUCGAGACACCAUGCACUGAAUACCUUCCUGCCCUCACCAAUGCGCUUGAAGCGGUCUUCCCCGCUGAGGAGGGCCAGACUUGGAGGCUUCAGACGAAGGGCAAGGUCAUCGACCCCGCUGCUUUCGUGUGGGACACCUCUCUCGCUGCCGCUGGAAUCGAUGCGCAGUGGAUGAAGCCAGACGAGGUCGCCGAGGCUGAGGCUAGCAUUGUCGAUCUACUGUUUGGAGGGGAAUCCGAAGACGAGGAGAAGCGUCUCAGCUCUGUCUACGAACAGAUGCUCUACAGCCUCGUCCCCAAGCCCGUUCACAGUCCGCUUCAGGAGCAGCAGGACAAGAUCCGCCAGUGGCUCCAGACCGAAGUCCCCGUCUCCCGGUGGCAGCUGUCCGCCGAAAAGACCAACGCAGACGCCGUGCGAUCGGAGACCAAGAUGUCUCGGCUCGAGCUCAGCGAGUAUCUGAUGGACCAGUACUCUGCUACUAAGCAGGCUUGGGAGAGCGAGAAGGCAUUGCUGAUCAAGAAGCUUGCUUCGACCGACCGCACCGACAUCAAGGAACGGGCCCGCUCGAUCGCACAGCUGAGUGUUGCGCGGGAAAAGGAGAUCGCUACGAAGUACCGGGACGCGGUCGUCGGUGGAGACAUUCACCGCGUCAAGGAAUACAUCGCGUUCUUGGACAUUCCAAUCAAUGCUGCAGCUCAUGCUUUGCAAGACGCAAAGGACAUCCUCCGCGAAAGCUCGUCGGUUUCCCUUCCGACCGGUGAGAAGGUCUACCCCGUCCAGCUCGCCCCCGUCGACUGGUUCGCUUCGCUCCCCACGUCGUUCACCCAGCAGGAUCUCUCGAACCCCACCGAAUCUGUUGGCGGCGCUGAUGUCCGUCCGGUGACACCUCUCGGCAGUGCAUCGAUUCAAAGCCUGCUUCCUGCUGUGAAGCUCGAUGCACCCAAGGGUUGGUGGGAGGAGAUUGUACUCGAGAACGUGCGAUCGGACACCCUCUGGAGCAUCCCGUCUGAGGGGAUCGACGAGGAUCGGAUUGACGUGGCCUUCCGGGCUUGUAAGGUCGAUAUCAGUCGCAGCGGCUGGUUUAAGCCUCAGAUCUUCAAAGACGACCAGUCCUUCUACAAGAUGGAAAAGUCGACUGUCCUCCCUCCCCAAGCCGGAUAUGCGGCCUCUUUUAUCGUUGCAAAGGACAUCGUCGUGCGCGUGAAACACACGGACAUGGCGCACGACAUGAACAACGCAGCCAAAUCGUCCGCUUUGCUAUCCUUCGCGUAUUCCAAGUACACGGACAGCUUCCAGCCGCACGGAGAUGGAUUCCUCGUCAAGAUUCCCGGGCCUCAGAUCAUCGGGUACAUCGUCAAGCCGCUGCACACGACCGCCGCCGCUGCGCUCGUCCCCGCUGAUUUCACGGUCGAUGUGCCAGCUCCGGACCUCACUCCUCGCGUCGAUCACGUUCACCACUGGCAUUCCCACGACACAUACCACGCUGUUGUCCCGGAGCUCAGACUCGUGAAGGUGGACGAGAAGUCGGAGUGCCCCGCGUGUCACCCCUCCCCCCGUCCUCAUGGCGAUAACUCGGGCUUCAAGUACUCUGCGUUGCCGGAUGCUACCGAGAGCACGGCCAACUCCGAACGCGCUGAUCCUGAGGUGCAGAGGAUGGCUGAAGAGCAAGGGCGGGAUGUCCGAGCGAGCUUUGGGGUGGAUGAGAGUCAUCGCUUCCUCUAGACUCAGUACUGUUUCUUCUUAGGGUAUUUGGAAUGGAUGGAGUGAUGAGAGCGGGAAUAUAUAUAAUCCCAAGCUCCCAGGACGACAAGUCGGGCACACUUUGUGAAGCAUGGAAUGAGGUGCCCUCAUAAUGAAGGGUGGGUUAGCUCUACUAGUGGAUACAUUCCAACUAUAGAAGACACCCGAUCCCCAGAAUUGAAGAUGAUCGGCCUGAGCUCCGAUAUGAGGGAAGGUUCAACCAUGGAUGAUUGGCUUACAAGUACCAAAUCCGAGUCGAUAAGAUAACACUAUCAAUUGCAUCAACUCUUCUGUCGCACAUGACCCUCCUGUGCGUUCUGCUCUGCUUUACAGCUCUCCGAUUGGCCCUCAUCCUUGUAUUGCCGCUUCCCCUCUGCCCACCUCUCAGCAGUCGAUUGCGCGCUCGCAGGCUGCAGAGAUGAAGCGAUCCAGUGGCACGCGCGGUCGAUGUUCAGAUUGAAUGACAGGUCGUUGUGCGUUGCGAUGGACGAGUGUGCGGUGACGUUAGGUGGAAUGUCAAGCGGAGGGGACUGGACGAGCGCGUCUGACAUGAGAUGUGUGGAGGACGUUUGAUAGCUUGGCAGGCCUUCAGCGAUGACUUCUUAUAUCGGAGUGGAAGAGGGAAGACGCUCUCCUAGCCGUCUCGGGACGGCAUGUAACCUACAGGGUACUCGGCAAAGCGAUGUCCCGCAUCGAUCAAGUUGCCGACCUCAAUACAAAGUGAAGCCGAUCCCGACGCAACGCCAAA